AUGUAUCAAAGCGCCUGCAAUGCAGCCACAACUGGCUCCUGUGUGCCCGGUGCUGGCAACCAAAUGGAUACCGAUCGUCAGGCGGCAUUGAUAGCCCAACAGCCACCCACAGCGCCUGUGGAGCCUGACUACAGUGGCUUCGAUAUCGUUAAGGCCACACAGUAUGGUGCGAUAGCACGUGUCCGGGAACUGGUCGAAUCUGGCUGGGAUGUCAAUCAGCCUGACAGUGAAACAGUCACGCUACUCCAUUGGGCAGCCAUUAAUAACCGCAGAGAUAUUAUACGAUAUUUUCUGGAAAAGGGCGCCACUGUGGAUGCCGUUGGCGGUGAACUCAACGCUACGCCGCUGCAUUGGGCCACACGGCAAGGUCACCUGGGCGCUGUAGUGCUGCUGAUGGCGGCAGGCGCAGAUCCGCGCAUACGCGAUGCAGAGGGCUGCUCCUGCAUACACAUUGCCGCACAGUUUGCACACACCGCCUUGGUGGCCUACUUCAUAGCCAAGGGAGUGGAUCCCGACUUGCAGGAUCGGGGCGGCAUGACGGCGCUCAUGUGGGCUGCCUGGAAGGUAUGUGCUCUGGAUCCUGUGCGGCUGCUGCUCACGCUGGGCGCCAAUCCCGCCAUGGUUGAUUACACACAUGGCAAUACGGCACUGCAUUGGGCAAUAUUGGCGCGCAAUUCCACCGCCAUUUCCACGUUGGUGUUGAAGUCGAAAGCUUCGCUGGAUGUGCCUAAUUUGCGUGCCGAGACGCCGCUUUCGAUGCUGGAAGCACAGGCCGGUGCCAUCUGGAUUGGCGCCAAGGUAAUGGAUCGGGUCAGAGAGGCAGCAUUGACUUCCCAACAGCGACGAUCUCUCGUCUCAAAGCUACGCCAUGACAAACGCUUGCGCUGGUGGUCAAUGGUCGCCUGUCCAUUUACUGCCUUCUAUCUGGCUGGCAUUGUCUUCACCAUCAACACGCUGUACAUUAUCAAGUUUUUCCUGCUGGGCUGCCUGUAUGCCAUAUUCCAUACCAUUGGCAAAACGCUGUUCGAUGAGCAUCUGAUGGCGCUGCUGCCGCUGUCCGUUUAUCUGGCGACCAAGGCCUGGUUCUAUGUCACCUGGCUGAUGUAUAUCGAUGAUGCUGUGUCGCUGGCAACUACUGUGUGCUUCCUUAUCAGCUCGCUGGCGCUCUGGGUGUGCUUUCUAAAAUCCUGGAAGGGUGAUCCCGGCAUUAUACGACCCACCAGGGAGCAGCGAUUUAAGACGAUAAUUGAGCUUUCGGAACGCGGUGGAAUUGGCUUCGAGCCCGCCUCCUUCUGCUCGGGCUGCCUGGUACGGCGUCCCAUACGCUCGAAGCACUGCUCCGUGUGCGAUCGCUGUGUGGCACGCUUCGAUCAUCAUUGUCCCUGGGUGGGCAACUGCAUUGGUCUCAAAAAUCACAGCUACUUCAUGGGCUUUCUCUGGAUGCUAUUGAUUAUGUGCGGCUGGAUGCUGUACGGCGGCUCCAAGUUCUAUGUGAACGAGUGUAAUGUGCACUUUGACGAUUUUCUUGCCGCCAUGCGAGCCAUUGGCAAUUGCAAUGCCUGGGUGGGCUGGGUCAUGGGCAAUGCCUUGUUGCACAUGUCCUGGGUUAUCUUGCUCACCGUUUGCCAGACGUAUCAAGUGGUCUGCCUAGGCAUGACCACCAAUGAGCGCAUGAAUCGUGGUCGCUAUCGUCACUUCCAGGCAAAGGGCGGACAGAGCCCGUUUACACGUGGACCGCUGCUCAAUUUAAUUGACUUCCUGGAAUGCAGUUGCUUUGGCUUGGUGCAGCCGCGACGCAUCGAUUGGAUGAACUACUAUGACUACGAUGCCCAGGUGCAUCAGACAAUUGAAAAGGAGCCGCUGCUGCGUGCCGAAGGUGCCGAUGCCGAUGGACUGAUCGGGGAUCAUCAGUAUGUGUAGGACAAAUCCUAUCGGGAUGCGAAGACGCUUCAAAUGCCCAUUGCGCAUGUCUAACAACGAUUCGUGUGCUAAUAACAAAAAGACAAUGCUUUAGAUUUAUAUACAUAUAUAUUUAUAUAUAUGCCCACCCGAUUAGCUUCGUAUUAUUAUGUUUUUAGUGAUUUGUAAUUGGAACGCGCUGCUGCAAACACAACGAUUUAAUAACAACAAUAUAUAAAGACAAAAGACAGAAGCGUCGUCGCUGACCGAUAUCGGAUCCAGUAAAUGGGGCUUCAAUGCCCCCAAACACAAAAACAAACAACUACGUACAUUUAUUGUGCAUGUAUUUUACCUGUAAUUACUAAACUUUGUACAUUUUUUCAGCACAUUUCUUAAUUUAAAUCACACACAAACUCUUUUUUGACUUCACUCUCAAGUAUUUGUUAUACCAAAAA